AUGCCUCCGCGGAAGGAUCACCAAGAACAAGAGGGCUAUGUACCUGUGGGUAAAAUGCGGGACGGUCAUCAUGCGCUUUAUUGGAAGGGUGACCAGGUCGCAGCUAUACUUCAUCACGCGGCUUUAGCUCCCGUUCUACCAUCACUUGAACAGCCUGAGAAACAUGUGGAAAUAGCAAAUUACCGAAACAUUGGAUGA